AUGACAAUUUCCUGGCGCGCCUUGUCUCAUUUCCUUAUUCCGCAGAGCGACUACGGCGAGGCCAAGACGCACCUGGAGCAGCUGCAGCAGACGCUCACGCACCUGGAACACCCGCACCACCACGCACACCAUCCCCACCAUCCCCAUCACCACCUGGGGCUCUACCAUGGCGCCCUGCCCAACACAUCGACGAUAACCACCGACUCGGUGGUUUCCUGUGUCAGCUCCACACUGCCGGCGGUGGCCAAGGCCAUUUCCGCAUCCUCCAGCUGCGAUGGCCUGCAGUCGGAGCGCAAGAAGGGCCCCACCAGCGAUCUGGACUCAGCUGGUCAUGGUCAUGGGCAUGGCCUCAUGGAGGCCAUCUGCGCGGGCCAGAAGACGUCACCAAUUCCACCGCCGCCACCUCCUUGCUGCUUGACCCUGGGCGAAGGCUCCUCCUCGCCGAAUCCCAUCGCCACGGUCGCCCUGAUGAACGCCUCCGCCUCCGGAUCCUCCAGCGCGGGCGGAGCAAGUGCCUCUCUCUGCAAUGAUCUCACACGGGAGUCCUCCUGGUACGCCCACCAUCAUCAUCACCACCAUCACCAUCACCACCAGCUGCCCGACGAGCUGGUCAUGUAUGCCACGCCCACUCCCACGCCGGCAAUCGGCAAAUUCGGACUGGACACUUCCACCGAGGGUUACUUGAACGCAAGGUACAAUGUGAAUGUCAAAGGCGUGCGGCAUGAUAGAACAUCGAGUUUCUUUGACAUACCCGCUGUGACGCACCCGCACACCCAUCCACACCCACAUCCGCACUCGCAUCCGCACCCGCAUCCGCACCCGUACUGCUACAGAUUUCCAUCAUCGCCACCCGCGGGCAUUCUGAAAAAGAGCGACGAAGAAGCCACCUCGGCGGCCGUCUACUGCAGCGACGUGUCCUCCGGCCAGCACUUUCCGCACCACACGAAGAUCGAGCACGCGGACUCCACCACAACGGCGGCCCAGCAGCAGCAACAACAGCAGCAACAGCAACAGCAGCAGCAGCAGCAACAGCAGCACCAACAGCAGCAGCAGCAGCAACAACUGCAGCAAACUGCUGCACUGCAUCCGCACCACCAUCAUGCCCACCACGGCCACCAUGGCCACCAGCAGGCGGAGCAGCAGGCUCUCACCCACUUGACGCCACUCCAUGCCGCCUCCGCUUUCAAAUUUAGCCACACGGCGGUCAUAUCCAGCUCGGCGGUAUAUGCCACGCCCUCGCACUACGCCCACCAGCAGCAGACGCAGUCGCAGUCCGUGUACAGGGACCUCUCGCCCACCACCUUGGCGGCGGUCAGCGAUGCGGAUCUGAAGUACGACAGCGGUCCCUACAACGCCGCCAUCUCAUCCACCUAUCCCUCCGCGCUGCGACCCAAUGUGGUGGACUCCACCACGUCCAGCGACGCGGAACUGCGGCUGGAUCAGUUCUACGCCAGCAAUGGCAUCUCCACCAGCAGCAACGGCCAGGCGAUCAGCCAGCGCAGGGGUUCGCUGCAGCUCUGGCAGUUCCUGGUGGCCCUGCUGGAUGAGCCCACAACCAGUGCCAGUUGCAUCGCCUGGACCGGGCGUGGCAUGGAGUUCAAGCUGAUCGAACCGGAGGAGGUGGCCCGCCGUUGGGGUCUCCAGAAGAAUCGGCCCGCCAUGAACUACGACAAGUUGUCCCGCAGUCUGCGCUACUACUACGAGAAGGGCAUCAUGCAGAAGGUGAAUGGGGAGCGCUACGUCUAUCGCUUCGUCUGCGAUCCGGAUGCACUGUUCAACAUGGCCUACGGCCACCUGACCACCGGAUCCGGCAAGGGUGACCAGCACCAGUUGACGCUGUCGCUGGCCAAGACGCCUCCGACCUCCGGCGACUCCCAGACGCAAUCCCCUCGCGUGGCCAAGUCGGAGUAUUACGACACCGCCGCAUUGCAUAAAUACUAACCACCAUAUAGUCGCCACAUGUGGGCGGAGCGUUCGAGUGCGGCCGCGUGGGCGUGGCCGUGUCCCAUGUACAUUGUGUAAUCUAGUUGCGUGUGGGGUUGCGAAUUUGAAGCGAAGGUUUCGUUAUGAUGAGCUGCGUUGGAAAUAGCUGAGAAUAGCUGGGAAUAGCUG